AUGUUACAAUUUGAAUCAACCUAUUAUAUUAUUGACUCUCUAUAUUCAUUAUAUUAAUAAGCUUAGGAAGAAUUUAUAAAAUUUAUAGCAUCUGCAUUAUCUCAAAAUAUUGCUGAUGUUAAAGCUAACCAAUUAAAUAUUGAAUAAAUCGAAAUCAUCUUGUUGAGAUAAGUCAAAUAUUCUAAGAUUUAGGAUGGCUAUUUUAAAACCAAAAGUGUAUAAUUUUCACUUUAUACCAAAACAAUAUCAAGAUAUUAGAUAACCAGUAGAUUUUCUUCCGUGACAUAGGAUCCAACGUCUAGUAACAUGGAUUUUGACAGAGUGAGCAUUUUAAAUUGAAAAUUAAAAAGAAGAAAUUGCAAAAUUAAAUAAGUAAUUAAAUGGACCAGAAUUAUUAAGAAAAAAAACCCUUUAGCUGAAACCGAAGGAUUAAUUUAUAGAAAGACUUAAAAUAAGUUGAAGACGAAGACUUAGUAUUUUCUAAUUUAAGAAGAAAAACCUUGCAUCUCCUUGAUUAGGAGGAAGCAGAUGAAGACAUUGUUGUUUUAAUAGACUAUAU